UUCUUCCAGCGAAUAGUUCUUGUUUUUAAGUGUGAAAUUGUUAUUUUGGUUCGCACAAACUUUUUUUGUGUCUGUUUAGCUAUUGCACGCCUGUAAAACCGUAGCUGCGUUUUACGUCAAUGAUUGGAAAAUUAUUAUUUUGGUCUCCCUGCCAGGAGUAGGUCAGUCAGUCUGCUAGCAGCUAGCCGCACAAGCUAGCAGUGAUGGCUGCUGUCAUUCUAAGUUCCCCAACUGUGCAAAGUCUAAGGAUAUUCACACAAAAUCAAUUAUGGACCAAAAGAGGAGUGAGACUUGUUUCAGGAGGGGUUGGACGGAUAGAGAAGGUCCUCAUCGCCAAUCGAGGAGAGAUCGCUUGUCGUGUGAUGCGCACCGCCAAGAAAAUGGGUGUCCGCUCUGUGGCUGUGUACAGUGACGCUGACAGACACUCCAUGCAUGUUGCCAUGGCAGAUGAAGCCUACCACAUUGGCCCGCCAGCUUCCCAGCAGAGCUACCUCUGCAUGGAAAAGGUUUUGGAUGUUGCCAAAAAGUCUGGCUCGCAUGCAGUCCACCCUGGGUAUGGCUUUCUGUCAGAAAACACAGAGUUUGCAGAGGCGUGUAAACAGAAUGGAAUCAUCUUCAUUGGACCGCCGUCCUCCGCCAUCCGGGACAUGGGCAUUAAAAGCACAUCAAAACACAUCAUGUCAGCUGCAGGGGUGCCGAUCAUUGGUGGUUACCAUGGAGAUGACCAGUCAAAUGAGAGACUGCAAGCAGAGGCUGUAAAAAUUGGCUACCCUGUGAUGAUCAAGGCGGUCCGCGGAGGAGGAGGCAAGGGCAUGCGCAUUGCACGGACCGACGCGGACUUCUUGGAGCAGCUGGAGUCUGCAAGACGGGAGGCCAGAAAAUCAUUCAACGACGAUGUCAUGCUGAUUGAGAAGUUUGUCGAGGAUCCCAGACAUGUGGAGGUUCAGGUGUUUGGGGACAUGCAUGGCAACGCUGUAUACCUCUUUGAGAGGGACUGCAGCGUCCAGAGGAGACAUCAGAAGAUCAUAGAGGAAGCACCAGGACCCGGCAUCAGUACUGAGGUGAGGAAGAAACUUGGAGAAGCGGCCGUGAAAGCAGCCAAGGCUGUCAACUAUGUAGGAGCAGGUACAGUCGAGUUCAUCAUGGACGCCCAGCAUAACUUCUACUUCAUGGAGAUGAACACCAGGCUGCAGGUGGAACAUCCUGUCUCUGAGAUGAUAACUGGCACGGACUUGGUGGAGUGGCAGCUCAGGGUGGCAGCAGGGGAGCGCCUACCUCUCCUUCAGAAUGACAUCAUCUUAGGCGGUCACUCUUUUGAGGCCCGUAUUUACGCAGAGGAUCCAAACAAUGAUUUUCUCCCGGGAGCGGGGCCUCUGCUACAUCUCUCCACACCUGCGCCAGACCAGCACACACGCAUAGAGACUGGAGUCAGAGAAGGGGACGAGGUGUCUGCUCAUUAUGACCCAAUGAUAGCCAAGCUUGUGGUGUGGGGGGAAGACCGCGCUGCUGCCUUAAAGAAGCUGCGCUACUGCUUGAGGCAGUACAAUAUUGUGGGGCUGUGCACCAACAUCGAUUUCCUGUUGAGUCUCUCGGGUCACCCAGAGUUUGAGGCGGGAAACGUGACCACCAGCUUCAUCCCUCAACACUACGCAGAUCUCUUCCCCGCACCGAGAUCUCCCUCUGGGGCAACAGUCUGUCAGGCCGCCCUGGGGCUGUUACUCGAGGAGAGAAGGCACACUCAGAACUUCACACAGACAUCCACAGAUCCUUUCUCUCCAUUUGGCUCCAGUAGUGGCUGGAGGCUGAACACACAUUUCCACAGGAGCAUGACGCUGCAACUGGGAGACAAGAAGGUGGAUGUAUUUGUCACGUACAACAAAGAUGGAAGCUACACAAUGCAGCUGGACCAGGAGGUGUUCCACGUGACAGGGGAGGUGGAGAUGGAGGGCGGUGCUUCUUUUCUGCACUGUUCCGUAAAUGGUGCAAAGUCUCGACCCAAACUGGUGAUCUUGGACAACACAAUUCAUCUUUUCUCCACGGAGGGCAGCUCAGAGGUUUCUCUUCCACUUCCAAAGUAUCUUGCUGGUGUGAGCGGCUCUGCUGCUGCAGGUGGCGCUGUGGCACCGAUGACUGGCACCAUUGAGAAGGUGCUGGUGAAGGCUGGUGACAGAGUGAAUGUUGGCGACCCGCUGAUGGUCAUGAUUGCCAUGAAGAUGGAGCACACCAUCCGUGCACCCAAGUGUGGUGUGAUCAAGAAGGUGUUCUUCACUGAAGGCUCUCAGGCCGACCGUCACGCUCCUCUGGUGGACUUGGAGGAGGACUCUGAGGAGGCAGCAGGUGGUCAGUAGAGGACUCUGAGGUGGUCAGUAGAACUGCUCACACAUCCUGGAGAGACGCUCUUCAGGAAACUAAUUGCUCAAAAACACUGGUGUUGAAAAAGGGGCAAGGAGUCUGGAAUGGAUGAGACUGAAUAUUUUCAGCCCAAAAUGAACUUUCUAGAUGGAUGGAAGUGGAACUAAAACAUCAAAGUGGCCUUUCAACAUGUUUGCUGACUUUAUUACAUCUUCUUCCUUUUGUCACUCCUGGAACUAACUCACUUCUAAUUAUCUUACAGUCAGGAAUCUUCCACUUGGUGUCUCCGACUCCAACACUUGGGGUCUCUGACUCCAACACUUGGUGUCUCUGACUCCAACACUUGGGGUCUCUGACUCCAACACUUGGUGUCUCUGACUCCAACACUUGGG